GUUACUCAAAAUCCCUUGAGUUAUUUAUUAAUUUUGUUAGAAAGAAAGACGCAGGGUUGUACCCAGUAUUUCCUUUACAAAUGGGCCCCGUUGCCUAGCGUUUAUUUUCCUGAGAUGUUUUUGCUGUUUGGUGCUGUCGAAAGAACUGGAAAACCGAAAAAAGACUAAAAACUAAAUCAAGGUUUACCAUCCCAGUACCGUGUGAAAUAAGAUUAGGAAGAUGGCAUCAAUUCCCUCAGUUGGCUCACUUGUUGCAACCCAUGAUUAUUAUCGCAGGCGCCUGGGUUCCAACUCGAGUAGCAGCUCUUGUGGAAGUUCUGAAUAUGCUGGAGAGGUCAUUCCACACCACCCUGGUCUACCAAAAUCUGAUCCCGGUCACUGGUGGUCAAGCUUCUUCUUUGGGAAACCAAACCAGCCAACUAUGACCACAUUGACAGAAUCUCCAAAUAAAUCUGGAACCUUUCACUUGUCUGAUGACAAAGUGACCUGUGGCCUGGCUAAGGAAUUGAUGGCAAAACCAAGCCCAAGUGAGCCCAGCAAACCAGAGGCUGGGGCUUCAUCCUGAACCUGGAACUGUGCUCUGGAAUUCCAUUCUGACUAACGCUAGGGACAGAGCACUAUUACAUGUAUUACUUUUUAGAAAGGCUGCUUUUUGUGCUUUUUUAAAAAAAAAAAAAAAUUACAUUUUUUGUAACACUUUUUUCUUUUUUCUUUCUUACCACCUUGGGUUUUGCAGAUUAAUAAAAUGGCCUUCAGCAGCCAACAUAUGUUA